AUGAACCGUUCACGUCUACCUCAAUUCGUACUCGAAGGCGGCAAAUUCCACCUAGCUGACGCCCUCUUCAACUCAUUCAAAUUUAAGAUCCGCUGCCCAAACUGUGUUGGGAACCCUCUUAAACCUAGAUUUAUCAAGGAUGAAGCAGAACAGGAGGAGUAUGCGGCUCUGCAAGGAUACUGUAACCUAGGCACAACACACACUACACCUGCGUCAAGCCUGGGAUCCCAGACCCUUCCGAGGAAACGAAAGGCGGACGAAGAACUCCCAUUUCUGGACAAGACGACCCGCCACUCCCAGGCCCAGGAGAGACGAGAGAGCAGUGGACCUAACACAUCGUCCUUGCAAUCAACCCUGCAACACCUCGAGUCAAUGAUUGAGAUGAGUAAGACCUGGCAGGAGCAGCACCGAAUGCUUACCAUCUUCCUCACCUCGUCCAGCCCACCCCAACCAACGCCUUCGUGCGAAACACCAUCAUGGUCCUCGCCAAGCCUAGCCCCAAAGCACAUCUUUUCCUCCGAUGCCAGCAUCCCCUGCACAUACCCAGAGGACGAGCUCAGCUCUUCACCACCGAACCCGUCCUCAGAUUCGACCAAGCCAAUCAACGUAGAUCUGAGCUCCUCGAUGCCUAAACCUGAACCCCAGUCGAAAUCUACUAGCCCAGUCAAGGUAUACGUGAGAAGUGCGGUGUUUAAACGCUCAUACGAUCCUGCCCCGCCAACCGACAUCCCAUCUAGCUCUCCGGUCUCACCACCUCCAGAUCGCCCGUUCGAUCCUAUCAAUCGAGCCAGAGAAUUAGUACAGCAGUUCAAGCAAGCUAGAGCAGACCCCGCAACAGCAACUGAAAAACGGCGAGCCAUCCGACAGCAAGCAAGAACGGACGGGGUCUAUUCCAAUUUUCAGGCCCUCUUAAACCAAUCUGCCCCCAACCCUGAGCUGAAAUGCUCCGAACGAACAUGA